AUGGAGUCUCCCCACUCUGUUUUCAAUCCUCUCUUAGCCUACAAGACACUUGUCGCUGGCCAGUGCUGCCACGAUAGAUUUGUUCAGAGAGAUACGGAAAUUGAACACUUUAGUCAUGAACAUUUAUUGAUCCUUGAGGAAGAGUACAAGGAUGAUGCCUUGGAAGUCACAAGCUAUGUAUGUCAGCAACCAACCUGUGGUGCUUGCUACAAGUGCAAACAUUAUUCAUGUCCUAUCACAAAAUUUGCACUAAAAACCUUGAGAGAGCAUACUGGGCUUAUUGUUGUGCCCAAUCCAAAUAUUUUGCCCAUUGAUUGCGAAACAGAACAAAUGGACCAAGAAAUAGCUUCUGGAGUUGAAGCAUUUAAGCCUAAUUUCAUCACCUUGCCAAUGCCUGAUGUGUCUAAUAAUUUGGUAACAUGUUCGAUGAAGAAGAUUGGCAUACAGAGGAAAUCAAUUAUGAAUCAUCCUCCCAUUGCAUGUGAUGGACGCACACUACCAAUCUUAGCUCCUUUCUAUCGUUGCAGUAAAUGCAAUUUCACUCUCCAUGAAUGUUGUGCCAAGUUGCCCUCCAAGAUGAAACACCUGAUUCGCCCAUACCACCUGUUUAUAUUGAACAGAUGGCAGUCCAAAUAUCCUGAUAUACCCCUCAUGUGCCAUGCAUGUGAAAUGUCUUGCAAGGGGCUUUUGCCUGGUUGUGUAUCUUGUGAUUUCUUUAAUGACAUUACCUGUGCUUCCAUCCUACUAGGCAGUAUCAUGCAUAAUACUCAUCCGUACUUGCUUACCCCAUCGGAAAUAGCAAUUGGUAUAUGCACUGCAUGUCAUAAAAGAAUUUCUGGGUACGGUUUAGUAUGUGACAUUUGCAAUUUCAAGCUACACACUCAAUGUGCCGUGUUGCCGCUUACAGUUAGGCACAGAUAUGACAAACACCCUUUCUUUUUACGGGAUUAUGGCAAUGAGGAUGAAUACUACUGUGAAAUUUGUGAGGGAGAAAUAAAACCAAAUUGUUGGUUUUACCACUGUGGUGACUGCAAUCAGGAUCUUCAUACAGAGUGUAUUCGCCCGGUUAAUUCCCUACAACAAGAAGUUCGACAUGAAUCUUAUAUGCACACUCUUGUUCCAAAGGAAAUGAGCAAUGUUCUUUGUACUGCAUGUAACUAUCCUUGUUCUGAGUUUGGGCUUGUAUGUGACAGUUGCAAUUUUGUCCUAUACACUCAAUGUGCCUCGUUGCCACUGGCCCAGAAAGUCUCCAACUGCAACAAAUUCAGCUUCAUUCUAACCUAUUCCACAAAUAAGGAUGAAAUUUUUGUGACGUGUGCAACAAAGAAAUAA